AAAUAUUCACAGAUUGUCUCAAAUAGCUGCAGUACAUACCUCUCCCGUUGACUGAGAAAUUUUGUUACAAGUUUUUUGUUUGGAGCUUAGGCCAACACUAUCGACAUGUGCCUAUUAAGUUAUGCGUCCCGUCUGGUGUUCUUUAUCUAUGGCACCCUGGGACCGGCCUACCACACCUACAAGACCCUGAACAACGGGGACGAUGAGUUCCUGGCCUGGGCCAAGUACUGGAUAGUCUACGCCUUUCUGAUCACCAUUGAGUUGGUGGCGGACGCGUUGCUGUCUUGGGUGGCAAUCUAUAUGCCCAUCAAGAUGAUCUUUAUGCUGUGGAUCGUCAUGACCGCUCCAACAGCAAAUGUCUGGAUAUUUGAUGCGAUCCUUCAUCCGUUUCUGACCAAGCGCCAGGAUCAGAUUGAUCAGUUCCUUAACCGAGGCAAGUACAAGUUCCUGAACGACUCCCUCAAAGCUCUGACCCAGAUGUGUGUCCAUGGUCGGACCUUUGUGCGGCCCCUUAUCUCCCACUGGUGGCCGAAAUCGAACAUGGCCCUCGGGGUCUCCCAUAAUCAGGAGACCAUUACAGGCGCCACAGGAGGAGAGGGUGCAGAAAAGGGCCAGGACUCUGAUGCGAGCUCAACUUCAGUUCAAACCUCAAGGGUCAAUGUGUGCACUCGUUCCAGUCCCCUUACCAGUUUCACGCACAUCGCCGAUAACACCGAAAAUAUGCAGCCGGCUCUGCACUCAAAUCGCUCGCUCAAUGAGCUGGCCGAAAACGUAAUUUCUCCGGAACCAUCCUCGGCAACCGUUCGUCGCCAAAUUUUGCGCAAGGUUAAGACGUUGUCCAAAAAAGAUUCUGGCGCUUCGUUUCCAUCGCAAUCCAGCCUGACAACGCCAAAGAACAAGCUUUAUGACGAUGUUGAGGAUCUGAUAGCCACUUCAAGAAUUGAGCCUGAUGGCCAGGAUGUACGUCAACAUCGUCAACUUGGCAACCGCAAUCGCAGUUUGCUCUCCCAACAGUAACUCAUCCAUUUUUGGGUUUUUGUGUUUCACAAUUGAGGUUUUCUUAACUCUACGUUUAAGUGGUUGUUAAGCAAUGUAAAUUCAAAAUGUAUACAAGGUUUUUGGGACUUUUUAAGCCGUAAAUAUAAAAUGAAUAAUCAUUUUA